AUCAUCUUUUUCUCCCUUUCCCUUUCUCUUUCCCUUUCUAUCUUUUCAAGUUACUCACUCUCGUACACACUCUCACUCUGAUGUGUUUACAUCGUUUCAUUAUAAUCAACAUCAAUUCACAUUUGACUGUUUAACUGGUAACCAGGCCUUUCAUAUCUUUUUAUUUUGCUCUUGAAUUGUUUUUUCCCUUUCUACUGCCAAAAAAUUUCAUUAUCGCCAACGUUUUUCUUCCAAUCCUUAUAUUCCAUAUUCAGUUGCUUGUUGAUUGGGUCCAAGAAAGAUCCUUUAGAGUGUUGAUAACAAAUAAUCCUAUGUUAUUUCUGACUGACAUUGUGAGAUAUUGUUAAUUUGGAGAGUAAAAACAAGCUAAUACAACAGUGAAACAAAAAUGGACAACGAAACACUUCGUAAAGAUGAAAUUGAAGCAUUGUCAGCUAUUUAUGGAGAUGAUCUCGUUUUGGAAGAAGAAGAAAGCCAUGGAUUCGCUGUUACGCUAACACAUCCCGAGGAAAGUGAAAAAUCAAUCAAACUUGAUAUUCGCUUUUCCCUUGAUUAUCCUUUAUAUGGUCCACCAUAUUAUACACUAAGUGCUCCAUGGAUGUCUCGUAACCUCAAGACCAGUUUAACUAACGAACUCAACUCAAUUUAUCUGGAUAAUCAGGGUGAAUCCAUAUUGUAUAUGUGGAUAGAGAAAGCUCGUGAGUAUCUAGAAAAGAAAGAAACCGGUGAAUCAGUUUCAAGUAACAAUGAAACCGGCAACACAUCUACUCCUGAGGACAAUGGUAAUUUGGAUGAACAAUUAACUGCAUUGAAUAAUAAACAACUGUCGUCAUCAGGUAAAAGUGAAAACGACGGAGAUGGAACUGACGAGGAAAAUUAUGAAUACAAGUAUGAAGAGUAUGAUUACCAUCAUUACCACCAUCACAAAGAUAAUGGGCUUUCCAAUGAUAUUAAUCUAGUUCAUGGUGAACCAAUUGUUGAUCGUCGGAGUGUUUUCCAAGCUCAUAUUUGUCCAGUUGAUUGUACCAACCAAGUCCAUUCUGCUCUGGCUCAGUUGAAAACAAACAAAAAGAUUGCCAAUGCCACUCAUAAUAUUGUAGCCUAUCGUAUCAAUGGUGGAGCUAAUCAUUCUUUCAUUCAAGAUUGUGAUGAUGAUGGCGAAACUCAUGCUGGUGGACGACUUCUUCAUCUCCUUCAGCUUCUUGACGUUAAAAACGUUCUCGUUGUAGUUAGUCGAUGGUAUGGUGGAGUUAAUUUGGGUGCCGAUCGCUUCAAACAUAUAAACAAUGCUGCUAGAGAUUUGCUCGUUAAAUGUGGUUACAUUGAAGCUGUACCUGAGAAAUCAUCUAAUUCCACUUCAGGGCGGAAGAAAAAAUCUAAAUAACAUUUAAUCAUGUAUUCCCAUUUUAAACAUUCAAAUGGGAAUGUAUUCACGAAGCAAUUAGCAAUCAACUCUAAGGUUUACAGUCAUCUCAGGCAAAAAUUAUUAAUCAUAUUCACGCAGUUAAAUCCAGUAGAUUAACUGCUCAACCUGUAAACCUUUUCUCAGCUCAUCUCAUUUGUAUUACCUUUUCCGUGAUUAUUUUGUUGCUUUUGGAUUGGUUAUCCAAGCUAACUCGUCUCAUUAUUGUCCAUAAAUCGACUGUAAACACUCUAUCGAUUAACAUUGUCUAAAGCAGUUUAGCUUCAAUUAUUGUCAAAUAAUUCGAAUCUAAGUCUCUGAGAAAUUGAUUAAUCAAAAAUCUUUAAUGACUGAUGCAAAUUUUUAUUUUUUGAUUGACUUUAAUUGUAAAGUCUAUUGAAGUCUUUCAUUUAACUUUUUUUCCUUAUCAUAAUUCUCAUUGAUGAGUUACUUGAUCGGGCAGCUUACAAUCAAACUUUUCUUUACUUUAAUGCCUUCGAUAGCUUAAUGAACAAAUUACCAUUUUGGUUGGAAUCUAAAGUUCACCACAUUACAAUUACGUUUAAUUACAUUUAAUCAAAUAAUGUAGAUCUAAAACAAUUCUUUAAAUGCUUUACGCUUUUCAUAAAUAAUUAACAUUGUAUCUUUAUAUUCACUUCAAUUUGAUAUGCGUUUUUGUACAAUAAAUGUAGAUUUAUAAAAAUUA